GUUAUAAUUUUCAAGGAAUGAUGGAACAAGUUGAUUAGUGAAGUUCUUCAUCAAUUGAAGGAAUCAUGUCGACGUCCGAUUCAGAAUCGGAAGUAUUCUACGAUGCAGUCGAUUUUGCAUCGGGGGAUACUCUGCCACGCAGAUCAAUGCUUCAGAAUCCGUCAGUGAAUUCUGUGGGCGAAGCGGUAAAACCCUCGGUUACUUCUCAACCCGUCCUGGAAAAGUCUGAACUUUUUCGACAGCGACGUAAUGAGCUAAAGAAGCUCCGGCAAGCAUUAAUGGAGAGCGAAUUUGAAGACGAUUCUGCGCCAGCUGUUAGUAUGGGAGAAACAUCUUCACUGAGCAGCGCUAGCUCGUCACAAGGUGCUGCCUGUGGACCUCAGAGGGUUCCGUUUAGAAUUAUUGAAGAUGAUUCGAUCAGCCGUCGCACCACUGCAUCCCUGGGUUUUCUUUCUCGUGGUAACCCUGUACCAUUAGUUGGAUCCACCCGGCAGUUGUCAAAUUCCAUUGGCUCAUUGUCCGCGCCAAAACCAUAUUGGCACCAUUCAAGUCCCGAUGGAGCAAUUUUCAAGAUUCCUCAACCUAUGACUGCUCGUGGUCAAGAACCUGACUUAGUGGCUUGCUCGAAGAGCUCUGGAGUUCCGGUCACAUCGGAUUCAGAAAGCAACGUUGUUGAAGGAACGAGCGUGUCGUGUGAUUCUCCAGACAAUGGAGAAUUUGUGAUAAAAUCCCACGAAAUCCGUCUUCCAUCCGGAUCUUCAAAUGGCUCCGUUCCCGAGCCACCAGAUUAUUUACCACCCCCACCGAUUCCUCCCCCGCGUAAAAAGCGAGGUCGAAAAGUUGCUGCUUCUGUCACGAGUGAAGCAAGCGUUGCAUCGUGUUCUUCAAUUUCCACUCCGCCGACUGCUGCUCUUGGUCUAACAUCAUUCAGUACUCCCACAAAUGUUUUCAGUCCACCUGGUUUGCCUCGGGCAAUAACUCCUGACAAGUCUGCUAAUGCCGAAGUUUCCCUCGAUUUGGCUGAGGCCGUGAAGGGCCUGAGUUUAGUGCAACCGUUUGAUGAUGAAGCUGCUCGUGGUGGGGGAAAAGCUGCGUCAUUCCCACCGCAUCGGCAAGCAAGAAAGUAUGACUCAGGGGAAAACUCGAAGGAGAACACGUUGAAUAAAAACACUAUGAGUGGAUCCGAUACCCUAAGCUCAGUGCACAGCGAAGGUGGAAUUUCUAAGUAUUACAGCUUCUCCGACUCUACUUCCAGUAGCAGUAAACGUGCUAGUCUCAAAAGCCAAAAAUCUGCCUGCAAAAGUACAUCUGGUUCCAAGGAUUCUGGUAGCCAUAAUAAUUCCAAGUCAUCGACGCUGGAUUCGAAGAGAUCGACCAUGGAACAGGUGCAAAAUGGUUCGCUGGAUCGUAGGCGUAAAAGCUCCAAUUUGCAAGGUUUGGCGGACUAUUCGUUACAUAACUGUGUUGGUCACAAAGUGAAUGUCUCCGUUUCAGAUGGCGAUGAAGAAAGUGCAUUGAUGAAACUGGGAGGGAUAACAUUUCCUUUUCUGAGAACUCCCGCGAGUGCUUCCAAAAAUAGCCUUGAUCGUGAAAGCGAUAUCAUCAAACAAGUCAAUAGUUUGGCUCGUACAAGAACACCAUCUGGACGCUUGUUGUCCGAUGAGGAAAUUUUGCGCCAAGUCACAGUCUUGGAUCUUGACUCGAAAGAACGUGUGCCAUUGAGUGAAGCUGACGAGAAGAUACCCACCGCCAUCAACCCGUUGUCGCUACAUAUUAUGCGCCUGACUUCGGAAUACGUGAGUCCAGCGGAGAGCAAAGAGAAAGAUUCAGACGAGGAGAGCAUUUUCACUCACAAGUCACUGACGAGCGAAUCAGGUGAAACUUCCACAGUGAAACGGAAAACCCAACAAUUGAAGCGAUUCUUGGGCAAAACUGCAGAGAAAGCUGUUCACAAGGCAAAGGGUCUGGCGUACAAUGUUGCAGGGAGUGCGAAGUCUCAUAAGGGAACUUCUUCAGCGUUGAGCGUGGCUUCUGGCAGUGGAGCCUGCAGUGUUUCUGGAGGUGCAGCACCAAUGAGUGUCUAUGGUGUUGGAAGUUGCUCUGGACUGGAAUCAGAAAUGCCGGAAAGUGAAUAUGUUGAUGAAACAGUCGGGCAGAGUCGACUCGGUGAAAUCAUGAAGAUGAAAGCUGCAUCCAAACACAAGGGGCCUUAUGAUUUUGACAAUUUGAAGUACGUCCAGUGUUUAAAGAGUGAUGACAGCUCAGCGCUUGGAAGCAUCGCAGGUCCUAUGAUAUGGGCAGCUAAAUUCUCUCCGUGUGGAAGGCUGCUGGCCACUGCGUCCAAAGAAUUUAUAACAAUCUGGGUCCUGUCCAGUGCGUAUGCUUUUUUUGCAGAUAUGAGGACGAAAUAUAAUGCAAAGACGUCACCCACGCCUUCGCAGGAAAAUCUGCAUGAUGAAAUGCGAGGAGAAGGUGGUACUCAAGCCUCUGGUCGUGCAUCUGCAGACGCUAAUGUGCCUUUCUGUCCGACGAGUUUCUGCACAUACGCUGCGCAUACGGCCGUUGUGCUUGAUCUUACUUGGUCAAAGGAGUGCUUGGGAGAACAAUUACUUCCUUCUUUCAUGUUCGAUGGAUCGAACUGUGCGACUGUGGCAUAUUUCAAGGACGGAAUGCUUGUGCUGCUUCCAGCAUGCGGAGGUCGUCACUUCCAUCUGUUUUCAUCCAAGGCCAAGUGCGAAAGCGAAAAUUUUGGAAUCCCAUGCCAGGAUGAUCGUUAUUUCCUGAGCGGCUCUCUGGACGGAAAAUUGAGGCUAUGGAACAUUCCAGACAAGAAGGUCGCUCUAUGGGCUGAAGUAGAAGGCCCGACUAAAUUGAUCACUGCAGCCAAUUUUUGUCAGAACGGGAAGUUUGCAGCUGUUGGAACAUAUGACGGACGCGUAAUCUUCUACAACACGGACCAGUUCAGGUAUCACACACAGAUCCAUAUUAGAUCAUCAUCGAAUUCGUCAAAAAAGUAUAAGUCAAGCAGAGGUCCAAAGGUUACCGGAAUCCUGCCCUGUCAAGGAGAAGAUAAGGUCUUGGUCUCCACGACUGACAGUAGGAUACGGCUGUAUGACUUGCGGGAUUUGAGUUUGAGUUGCAAAUACAAGGGUAAGGGAUUCGUCAUUAGACAUAACCACAUCAAAGCAAACGUGAGUCAGGAUGGAAAUUACAUCGUGACGGGAACUGACAAUGCGCAGGUUUAUUUCUGGAAAACGAAUCACGACUGCGCAAAAUUUUCUUCUGCGAGAAGGGAUCGUAACAUCUAUUACGAAUCGAUUCGCGCAAUGUCGAGCGGAGUUACGCUGGCAACGUUCUCGCCUAACCCACACAUCGUUUUCAUGCAAAUGGAGCGUGAUCGGCUCCAAGCAGAAGACCCUUCUUGUUGCCCACCGGAACCAAAGGACGUUCCCGAAGGAUACGUUGUGGUGACCGCCGAAAACUCUGGGAAUAUCAGAAUCUUCCUGGCUAAAAAAAAAAUGAAGCAUAGCUCAUUACCGACGACUUCUUGGUCGGACGCGGAUUGAUAACGAGCUUUCGUGGCCUUUAUCGUGGAAGACACGCUGUAUUUUUAAGUGGUAUUCCCCUUUUUGGCGGGGUUUGCCUGCAAAGAAUUCACCCUUCUAGUCACAGGGCAACGAGAGGGAUUACAGAUUUGAGAAACGUAUUACUGGGCCUUACGAAAAGAUUUGCUUUAUACAGGCUUAACCUCCGUAUGACAAAGUUGUGAUUGACUUAUUGCAACAAAUAAACACAGUCUGCUUGCCGUCCGA